GAACCUUCCGAGUAGCAGACAGGAUCACCUUUUUGCAUAUCUCCUCUCAGACUGAAUCUUUCACACGGCAAAUGAAGAAUUUUCAGACUUUAAACAAACAAUGCUCUCUUUCCAUCUCAAGUUAAUCAUUAAACUGGGAGAAAAUUUUUGAAAUGAAAUGGCCUAAUCGCAGCGGCCGCAGUGCAGUAUUUGCAGGAAAUCAGCAAUUUCUCAUGAAAUGAAUCAUUUAGUUAUGAGAAAUCUAUCUGACAAAAACGCAAUGAGUGAGCCGGUUGAUCCGUCGCCAUCCACGUCUAAGGACGGAGAGGGGACGUCGGGGACACCCUCGUCCUCUUCGCCUGUCAAAUCUCACAACUCCCAUGCUCUGCUGGUAAACAUGAAACAGAGAGGUAACCCAGCUUUGAAAGCAGUGUCAAAUGUCCCGUGGGAAUAUGACGAAAGUAUCCUUGCAGACUACGUCAUGAGUCCAUCGUCAUGUGCUCUCUUUCUAUCCAUCCGUUACCACAAUUUAAAUCCAGACUACAUACAUGAUCGAUUGAAGUUAUUAGGACACAGGUACCAGCUGCGAGUGCUCCUAGUGCAGGUUGACACGCCUGAGCCACACCAUGCCCUGAAGCACUUGACUCGAAUUUGUAUUUUGGCCAACUUGACUCUCGUCCUUGCGUGGAGUGCUGAGGAAGCUGGCCGCAUAUUAGAAACUUACAAGAUCUUUGAGCAUAAGCCACCUGACCUUAUCAUGGAGCGCAAGGAGUCUGAUCCUCAUGCAAAGCUGGUGAAUGCCUUAACUUCAAUUCGGUCUGUAAAUAAGACUGACGCUUCGACCCUACUGACAACAUUUGGAUCUCUCAAGCGAUUAGCUACAGCUCCCAAAGAUACCCUUGGACUCUGCCCAGGGCUUGGUCCUCAAAAAGCAAAUCGAUUGUAUAAUGUCUUGCAUCAGCCGUUUCUAAAAGAAACAUCUGCUAAAAAGUCUUCUAAAAGCAAAUAAGAAAUAUGAACCAUUCAGAGAAUUUUGUACUGUACUUUCAUUGUUGGCAGGGCUGGAACAGGGUUUCUUCUGUGAUAUUUAAAAUAAACCUGGUUGCUGGCGUAAUGUACUGUA